UUGUAUCACUCCCUCCACGCCGCUGUCCUAUCCACUUCCAGCUCAGUCCCUCUCCCCGCCGAUCCAUCUCCAUGGCACUAUUGCUGACAUUCACCCAGCUUCAAUCCUCAUGAUUCCCAAUUUGCUGACAUUCUCGGAAUAAGAGUUGGCCUCCCAGAGUCGUAAGUUUAUCUUCACACGCAAAGCAGCCUGGGUAGCCGGUCACUACCCGGUACUCUGUUCCAAAGCCGCAGUCUGGAGCAUGGAUCCGUGCGCGGAACGCGUGGCUAUGACUGCUACCACUUCUACUAACGCGUGCGAGUCGCUGCGCGACAGCGUUGAGUCGCCGUGCGACAGCGACGCCAAUUCGCUGGAGCGAAUCGUUGGGGCUUCUUCGGGUGCCGCGGCUGCUGCCAGCAACGAAACCACUCCUGUACCAGAUCGCACCGCGAACUGCGGCGGAACGUGGGCGACGCGGAAGCUCAAGUGCGGCUCGCUGCGCCUCGACGUGACCCUCGAAGUAGACGACCCCGAUGUUGCCGGUGUCGUCGACAGUUUCGGCAGUGCCGCCGCCGGUGGUGAUUCGGACGUUUGCAGUUGCAUUGCCGCCAAUCACGCCGCCAAUGACGGUCAUUUCUCAUUCGAGAUGCCGCAGCAGACGACGGCAUCGAUGGCGACGUCUGCGGUGCCGUCCUUGUCGCCCACGAUCGCGUGGUCGUCGCGCGCGCGACAGUUCCGCAAGUCGUCCUCGGCGUCGUCCGCUCCUCUCUCCGUCGCCGGCGGCAGCGGCACCAGCAAUGCCUUCCGCGACGCCGCCGCUGCGGCCAGCGCAUCGACCACAAGGCUCGCAACCGGCGCUUCCCCGUUCCCGCGAGUUGCUUCCGCCGGCGCCGCGUUCGUCAAGCCACCGCGCAGCCCAAUGGGUUCCGCCAAUCCCUUCCCUGCUGUCACAUCGCGUACAGUCACACCCGGCAGUGUCAUCUCCCCCAACACCCCCUCGUCCUCCGCGCCGAGCCAUCGCAAGGCGUCUGGGGCUCACGGGAAGCCCCAGCGCAACUCACCCUCCACCCAGCUCGCGGAAUUUGCCCGCGGGGUCCUUCUGUCCCCUGCUAGCAGACGCGCCGAUACGAGCGCCACAUCUCCUCUCACAGGCGCUCCGUUUUCCCCUGCCAGCAGAGCCGUUGGGAGUCCUCCCAGUAGCCGCAGCGGCACUUCUCCCAGCGUGAAAUCCGCAGCGUCGAGCCCAAUCUCUGUGGUGAGGCUGAGCAGGCGCGUGGGGUUCGUCAACUGGCGCCACCUGCGUCAUCCCCACACCGCCCCGGCGUCACCGCACUCCGCCUCACCGCACUCCGCGUCACCGCAUUCCGCGUCUGGAGCAGUUUGUGGCCGUGGCAACGGGGACCAUAAUAAUGAUUCUUCAAACGGCAGGCCUACGUGCGUUGCUCCCUCACCCAAAAGCAUGGCGUUGCCGCUGCUGCCACAACCACCCCUUGAUCCGUUCUCCUUCCGCUCACAUUCUGAUUACUCCAGCCAAUCAGAGCGACCUGCUGGACUCGCCCAGCCAUCAGUCUCUCCGCAGGCACACCAUCCUGUAUCCUCGUCACAAGCAUCUUCGUUAGAGUCUCCAGCAGACACUUCUCGUUCCAACUCAGCAUUUUCUUUCAGGUCUCUCUCGGCAGAACUCAGCCCUUCUGCCAUCCUGACCUGCUACAACCUGUCGCCGCUGUCACAGCCUGCGAACCUGCGCGUGUUCAUCCCGUUACAGUCAACCCCCCUGUCCCCUCUUCUGUCACCCACGCUCUCCCCUCUUUCUGCAUCGCUCUCUGCUACCCCAUCCUCCUCGCCACUCCGUAGCGCACUCAAGCGCUCGCCCACAUCGAACCACUCCUGUGAUGGUGGUCGAGGACAGGGACUGGAAAUGGAUUUUGUGUGUGGGACAGACGGGCAUGGAGGAUCGAUGAAAGGGUUUGGAGUGCAAGGUGGUCUGUGUGGAGCUGAUGCUGGCUGCUCUCCAGCAUUUGCAGCAGGAACGUUGAAGCGGAGGGUGUCGUUUUCAGACAAUCUCCAUGUGAUCUGCUUAUAAAGCAUUGGUGGUGUUGGAAUUCAUUAGUCCCUCUAGAUGCUGGAUCCCCAGUGUUUGCGUCUUCUUUUCCCGGAAUGUGAUGGGCUCUCGGUGUAUCGUUUUCCCCGCAUUCACGUGCCCGUGUUGACUUGUCGCACUUCUUGGCAGUGUACUUGGUGCAAUGUUGUACUUUGGGGUUGCAUUUCUAUCAGGUGGUAUACAGAGAAGUGUAGCAGUAUCAAAUUGAACGACUGGCCCCUAGAUUGCAGGAAAAUUUUCCUGAUUCAGGAAAAAAACAGAGUUGUUGCUGGUACCAGUCCUGAUUGUCCAGGAUUUUUCGAAAGGCAUUUCCUGUUUUUUCAGCAUUUUUUGGGGGGUCAACUCUGAUUGC